GUGCGUGCGUAAAAGAGAAAAGCGCGAGCCCAUGCGCUGUCCACUCUGAUCAGUAUUGUGUUGUGCGCGGCUCCACCGGCCAAGUUCUUCUGAAGUUAUCCCAAAAAACAAACGAUGGGUUUGCAUUUACUCAAGAUAUUAUGGAUGAAGAAAAAUGGACUCAUUCUCUUUUGCACCCCAUUUCUUCUUCUCCCUUUGCCGCUGGUCGUUGGAACAAAGGUUGCCAAUUGUGCAUAUGUGGUGGCAUUGAUGGCAGUGUACUGGUGUACAGAGGUGCUGCCGCUGGCCAUCACUGCAUUACUGCCAGCUGUGCUCUUUCCUCUGUUCGGAAUCAUGGAGUCUAAAGAUGUCUGUAUGCAGUACCUGAAGGACACUAAUAUGCUGUUUCUGGGUGGUCUAAUGGUGGCCGUAGCCGUCGAGCACUGGAACCUACACAAACGGAUUGCGCUCCGAGUGUUGCUCUUAGUGGGUGUGCGGCCCGCUCUACUGAUGUUGGGUUUCAUGGGGGUGACCGCCUUCCUCUCUAUGUGGAUCAGCAACACGGCCACCACAGCUAUGAUGGUGCCAAUUGUUCAAGCCGUGCUGCAGCAGCUCAACAACAGAGCGGAACAAGAGCAGAUGUCACCUGCAGAGAGGGAGGAGAAAAAUACGGAAAUGCAAAACAAUAACCAGAUGGUUCUGAAUGGACACAUCUCAGUUGACUCAGGCGGAGAGGAGAAUCACAGUGAGACGGAGGAAAAACUAAAUUUGUGUAAAGGAUUGACACUAUGUGUGUGCUAUGCAGCCAGCAUUGGUGGUACAGCAACACUCACAGGCACUGGACCAAAUCUGGUACUUAUGGGACAGAUGAGCCAACUUUUCCCUGAUAACCCUGACGUUAUAAACUUUGCUUCGUGGUUCGCGUUUGCCUUCCCCAACAUGAUCAUCAUGCUGACACUGGCCUGGCUGUGGCUUCAGAUCGUCUUUCUGGGUUGCAACUUCAAAAAGACGUGGGGCUGUGGGACAGUGAAAACAGAGAAGGACAUCGCAGCAUAUAAUGUGAUUAAGGAGGAGCACCAGCGUCUCGGGCCCAUGUCAUUUGGGGAGCUGAGUGUCCUAGCCCUGUUCGUCCUGCUGGUGGUGCUUUGGUUCACCCGAGAGCCAGGCUUUGUGGAUGGAUGGGCUACGCACUUUUUCAAUGCUGAUAAAGAGUUUGUGACGGACGCUACAGUUUCUAUGUUCGUAGCUGCUUUGCUCUUUGUCUUCCCCUCGAAACCACCACAACUUUGCUCCUGGAGGGAGCAGAGUGAUGACACAGUGCCUCAAUCAGACAGCGGCCCUACUCCAGCUCUGCUCACAUGGAAGGUGACGCAGAAAAAAAUGCCGUGGGGCAUUAUCCUGCUCCUGGGAGGGGGCUUUGCACUAGCCAAGGGCUGUGAGGUCUCUGGGCUGUCAAAGUGGCUUGGAGAUCAGAUGUCGCCUCUUGAAAGUAUUCCUCCCUGGGGUAUUGCCAUCGUCCUGUGUCUGAUGAUAGCUACCUUUACUGAAUGCACCAGCAACGUUGCCACUGCAACAUUAUUUCUGCCUAUACUCGCAUCGAUGUCCCAGUCUAUAGGCAUCAACCCGCUUUAUGUAAUGAUCCCCUGCACCCUCAGUGCAUCCUUCGCCUUCAUGCUUCCAGUGGCAACCCCUCCAAAUGCCAUAGUCUUCUCAUACGGAUACCUGAAAGUAUCUGAUAUGGCAAAAACAGGCAUCGUCAUGAAUAUCAUUGGUAUUCUUUCCAUUACCUUGGCCAUUAACAGCUGGGGCAGAGCUUUGUUCAGUUUAGACACCUUUCCUAGCUGGGCAAACACUACAGCUGUGUGAGAAACAGAGAGAGACUGAAAUCCUGACAUCAAUCGGCCGUCAAACUGCAGCAUUCCACAAUAUUCUCACCAUGCACAUCUCACCUCAAACUGAGGAGGCCAAGCAGGGUAAAGCCAGUGGCUGGGAAUGAGGAAGUGCGAUCACUUCAACAGCUCAAAUGGUGUUUUUAAAUUUAAAUACAUUUGUAAAUGUAUUGAACGCUGAGGCUAACAUUUUGAAUCUAAAGAAGGUUAAGCCUCAAAAGCAAUAAUGAUUUACUGCACAUGCUACAAGAGGUGUAUGACUGCAAAGCCAAAAGGCUGAAAUCAUAUACUAUGAAAAGUAAUGAUGAUGUUUAUAGUCUAAGCAAUGUAAAGGUUUGUAUACUUUCAUGUACAGUGUAAUCAUGUACAGUAAAAAAUGUAUUUAAAAUGUAAAAUGUAUUGCAAUUUAAAAAUAAAGUCAAAAUUAUGGGAAUAAAGUUAAAAAAGAUAAUGUUUUAACAGGAUCAGUGAAAGACCUUAAAUGAUGUAGUCAAUGUUUUCAUAUUUGGGAAAAUGUAGUUUGAAAUGAUUGUAUCUAUCGAAUAUAAUUGUGCGAUUUUUUUGCUCAAAAUGUUGACUUUAAUCUAGUAAUAUUGUGAUUUGAACAUGUCACUUAAACACUGUUGUGCAAAUAACGUUCAUCAAUGCAAUGUUAUGUAAAAUUUAUUUUUUUAGCAUUGUAAAUUCAGUCGUUUUCAUUUUGUUGAUAUUUCUUAAUACAUUUUUAGACAUAGUCUGUUUCUCUGUGUGUGUGUAUGCAGAUAGCCUGCAUAUUUUAUAUUAAAAACUAUUUUGUCACAAAUUAAUAUUAA